AUGUACGAGUGGCAUUACGUCAUAAAAGGACCAUCACACUCAGUUUACAAGGGUGGCUACUACCAUGGGAAGCUAAUUUUUCCUAAGGAGUUCCCAUUCGGUCCGCCUGCCAUCUUUAUGAUCACGCCAAACGGACGGUUUGCGUGCAAUACGCGACUUUGUCUCUCCAUCAGUGACUUUCAUCCCGACACUUGGAAUCCGGCCUGGUCUGUAUCUUCGAUUCUCACCGGCUUACUGAGCUUUAUGUUGGAGAACACACAAACAACAGGGAGUGUUGAAACCCCAGCGAGUGUUAAACGAGCCCUUGCAAAGGAGAGUGGCGAGUUCAAUUUGAAGUCUGAAUUAUUCUGCGAACUGUUUCCAGAUAUUGUCAAGGAAAUCAAGGAGAAUUUGGAGAGGGAGCAAGCAAUUGAGUCCAACUCAACGGUUCGUACUCGACCAUACGGUGAUCCCACAACCAACGGAAACCCAUGGCAAUUGUCUAGUCUUUUUGUUCUUGUGGUUUUCAGCAUGUUCGCAUUUUUGGCCAAACUGGUAUUUCGAUUUAUCUCGGACACAAUUUGA